AUUUGCAACGAUUUCGUACUCAGAACAAUUGUGUUAUAUUCAAAUUUUGUACAGAAUCCCUUAAGAUUUCUUUGUUGGCAAACAUUUUGUUCUAUAACGCGAUACUCGGAUAAGUGCAGUGCUCUGAGUAUUCCCGACCCCAGUUAAGCUGCCAUGUUUCCAAACAAUUUUCACAAGAUGAAGAACUUUGCCAAUCCGAAAAACGUGUUCAAAAGCUGCUCCAGCAACGAUGACAUCCCCACACAGUCCGCCCAGAAGGGAGCAGAUUCAGGUGAGGGUGCUCAACCCGCUGAAAUUUCUCAGCCAACUGCACAAGCUACAGCAGCGAAGAUUCUGGACGCCAAGAGUGGUCCGAGCAGGUUGACUCCGCCAGAGCCACCGAAGCAGGGGAAGAACAAGAACAAGAAGGGCAAGAAGAAUCAGAAGAAUGUGCUUCGCACUCCGAGUCAGAACAGCAAGAGCAGUGCAAGCCACAUAAAUUCCACUGCCAAGAAAAAUCCAGCUAGGGAAGCUAAUCCAAAGGAGAAGGAGGUCCAGGAGAAAGCAAAGGGGCAGGAGAAAGGGAAGACCCAAGAGAAGGAGAAGAUCCAAGAGAAGGAGAAGGAGAAGACCCAAGAGAAAGAGAAGGUCCCUGAAAAGAAGGCCCCAGAAAAAGUGAAGGUCCAAGAGAAUGCUAAGGCUCCAGAGAAAGGUAAGGCCCAAGACAAAGACAAGGCCCAAGAGAAGAAUAGGGCCCAAGAAAAAGGGAUGGCCCAACAGAAAGGGAAAGCCCAAGACAGAGAAAAGGGGUCGGAACAGAAGAAAGGGCAGAAUCAGAGGAAAGGGCAGGAACAGAAGAAAGUUCAGGAGCGAAAGCAUGUUGUGCAGGAAAAGAAGUGGCCGGAAAAGAUUUCUGAAAAGAAAGUGCAGGCGGAUAAGAUUUCAGAGAUUUCAGCCAAAACCAUUUCGGAGAAGUCGGCUGAAAACAUCUCAGAGAAGAAGUCGACCGAUAGUAUUUCGGAAAAUAAGUCGGCCGAUUCGAUUUUGGGAAAAAAGUCGACCGGUAAGAUUUCGGAGAAGAAGUCUCAGGAGAAGCUCACCGCACAAAAGAGGUUAGAGCUGAAGGUCGAAAAAAAACUGUCACAGCAGAGGCUUAAGGAUAGAAUUAUAGAUCCCAGGAUUUAUGAAGUCGCAUGCCCACUGGACGAAGAAGUUUCUCGAUUUGUUUCCCAGCCGAUUGCAAAUGUUCAGGUUGAUAAGGAUGCGGUUAAGGUGUCCACUUUUCCCGAUCUACUGCGCGCCGAUUCCACUGAGCACAUGGAGCCCCCGAGCGAUGUCAGCGGGGAGGAGCUGGCGUUCGAGACCGAGGAGAACGAAUCCCAGGAGCCCGAAUUCCAGGAGCCCGAAUCCCAAGAGCCCGAAUCCCAGGAGCCCGAGUCGCAGGAGCCCGAAGAGCCGCAACAUCCGCUCCACAAUUGCUGGACUCUGUGGUACCUGGAGAACGAUCGCACCAAGAGCUGGGAGGAAAUGCUGCACGAGGUUACCAGCAUCGACACCGUGGAGAACUUUUGGAGCCUGUUCUCCCACAUCAAGCCGCCGUCUGAGCUGAAGAUAGGCAGUGACUACUGCUUCUUCAAGAAGGGUAUUCGUCCGAUGUGGGAGGAUGAGGCCAAUGUCCACGGAGGGCGCUGGGUCAUCAGCCUGAACAAAACCACCAAGACGGACCUGGACAACUUCUGGAUGGACUCCCUGCUCUGUCUGAUCGGCGAGGCCUGUGACAACGCCGCGGAACUGUGCGGCGCCGUGGUGAACAUUCGUGGCAAGACCAACAAGAUCUCGAUUUGGACCGCUGACGGGGGGAAGGAAGAAGCUGUUCUGGAAAUCGGACGCAAGCUGCGCGAAGGUCUGCGCAUGGACAGCGCUUAUGUGCUGCAGUACCAACUGCACAAGGACACCAUGGUCAAGCAGGGAUCCACUGUCAAGUCAAUAUUUACCCUACAGUAACAGUACCUGAUUACACAAGAAUCGCAGCCUGAAAUCAAAAAUCGAGCAGCGAACAGCGCAGCCAGCAUCAGACCCAUGCGGUCUAUUUAAGUUGUUUUCGGUAUUUUUUCACGAACAGAAGGAACACACGAAACCGUCUGUCAAGGCACUAACACUCCGUUCGGACCCAUCCACUAUCCGUCUUUCAGAUGUCGAUCGGAUGCCAAAUCUGCAGUCAGUCUACCUUGUGCACGUUGUACAUACAUACAUAAAUUUUAACGUUGCUCUCAUAAAGCGAAGAAAUAUAAUGGAGUAUUGAUGCCAUGACAA